AUGGCCAUGCAACUGUGUAACAGACGUGUCACUCAAGUGACUACAAAUCUAGUUCGACAAAUUGCUAAACCAAUACCAAUGAAAGUUGAAGAUGAUCAUCAUGAUGAUGAACAUACACAUAUUUCAGUACCGAAAACAACAACACCAAAAACAUAUUUUUCUAUGAAUAAACAUUUAUUACGUGGAAAAGCUUCGAUUACAACUGGUCUUAGCACUCCUCUUAGUAUUCGUCAUGCGCAUACUGAUAUUCAAGUACCAAAUUUUGAUUAUUAUCGUCGUAAAGCACGUCUUGAUGCAUCAAAAUCAUAUCGAGAUGCUGGUGAUGCCACAUCACCUUACUCCUAUUUAACUCCUAUUGGUAAGUUUAUAUUCUAUGAAACUUUCCUUAAAAUAAGGGAAAAAGAUAUCCUUCAUGAGAUACAAAUCACAUACCUUCUGAUUAUGAGACAGACAUCCUAAUCUCUGUUUGUAUAUGAAACAUUGAUUUAUUCAGGAUUUUGUAAAGCAUAAAAAAUGUGCGUCAGUGAGAUCUGUAAAACAGAUUUCUUGGGUUUCAUCAAAUGUAACUGUUCUAUUAAUUAUUCUUGAUCAUACAUAAAUAUGACGAAGUGAAAAAGAAUCUACUAAUAGAAAUUUUUUUU